AUGUCUUCCUUAUUUCGAAAUCUCAUCGCUCUCGCGGUCUUUCUUCCGCGUACCCUGGCUUCUCCUCUUAUCCAACUACCCCACAUUAUUCCUCGAGCAGUGGAUGAUUUUGAGUGCUUUAAUGCGAGCCUCCCAAACAUCACAAUCUAUGCUACAGGAGGUACGAUUGCCGGUUCAGCUGGCUCAGCAGACCAAACUACCAGAUACCAGUCCGGUGCCUUGGGGAUCAAAACCUUGAUCGAGGCCGUACCCCAGCUAUGCAACGUCUCCAAUGUUAGGGGCAUUCAGAUCGUUAAUGUUGAUAGCGGUGACAUCAACUCGACCAUUCUUACCAACCUAACCCAGCACAUUCAAAAAGAUCUCGAUAACCCCUUGAUUCAAGGUGCGGUUGUCACUCACGGUACAGACACUCUGGAGGAAUCCGCUUUUUUCCUGGACCUCACCAUCGCGAGCGAGAAGCCCGUCAUCGUGGUCGGUUCUAUGCGUCCUGCAACAGCUCUAAGCGCAGAUGGCCCAAUCAACCUCCUUUCUGCUGUAAAACUAGCCGUCAAUAAGAACGCCAAGGGAAGAGGGACUAUGAUUGUUCUCAACGACCGGAUCGCUUCUGCUCGCUUCACGGUAAAGACCAAUGCCAACGCCGUCGAUACCUUCAAAGCCGAAGAACAGGGCUUCUUAGGUGUCUUUGAGGAUAUCAAUCCUCUAUUCUUCUACCCUCCUUCGCGACCUCUGGGUCACCACUACUUCAACAUCACCUCCCGUGCUUUCCAGACACCUAUGCCCAAGGUAGAUGUUUUGUACGGCCACCAAGAGGUCAGCCCUCAAAUCUUCCAGGCGGCUGUGGAUAACGGAGCCAAGGGGAUUGUUCUGGCCGGUCUAGGUGCAGGAUACUGGCCAUCAGUGGCCCUCAAGAACCUCGAGGCGGUCGUCAACAAGACUGGAAUCCCUGUUGUGGCCAGCCGCCGCACGGCCUGGGGAUACGUUGAGGGCCAGGAAUGGGGCAUCAAUGCCGGAUUCUUGAACCCUUCCAAGUCUCGUAUCCAGCUCCAGCUCGCAUUGGAGAAUAAGUUGUCCAACCAAGAAAUCAGGACCAUCUUCGAAUUAUGA